AUGCUAAUUAUGGUGUCUCUCACUCUCCAUUUUCUUUUACUCUUUUCAGUACUAAUCUUCGUCUCAUCACUUCCAGAAUGCCCAAAAUGCGGCAACAUGGACGUCCCAUAUCCUCUUAGCACUGACAAAAACUGCGGAAAUCCCAUGUACAAAAUCCACUGCAAUAAUGGCACCCUACAAUUCUCUUCCGCAGCUGAUCAAGAAUUUCUCUACAAAAUCCUCAGCAUAAACCCUAAUGAACAUAAACUCGUAAUCAGUCCACCCCUCAUCCAAAAAAACACUUGUCAAUCUCCUGAUCUCAGUUUGGGAGGCUUCAAAAUUGAUGAAAACUCUCCUUUCAACAUAUCUUCACAUAAUACAGUGAUGUUAUUCAACUGUUCUGAAAAUAUACUUCUGUCUCCAUUAAAUUGCUCUUCAAAGAGUCAGUGUAGACAGUUUGAGGAGAGGGUUGUACAGGGAAAUGGGUGUAGAAAUACACUGUGUUGUUCGUUUUUGAAAGAUUCGGCGAUGACUUCACAUCGAAUAAGGCUCAGAACUGGAGGCUGCACUGCUUAUACUUCUGUUAUCAAUCUCAAACCUGGAGAUAUUGCUGUUGAUGCAUGGAACUAUGGGAUUCAACUUCAAUGGUUGCCACCUCCGGUUCCGGCCAACGUCCUCUGA